GUGGUUGGUUGGCCAAUAAUGAAUUGAAACACAUGCACAUAUAUAUUGAUAGAUCAUCUAUACAUAGAUUUAUCAUGAGGUGAGAUAUGAUCUGAUCAUCCUGGUCUGACGAGCAUAUCCAUCUAUCCUACAAUUAACAAAUUAAUGUGGUGAGGGCCUGCAGGCUUCUGUUCUUCUUCCUUUUGCAGCAGUUUAAGUACCCCCUCUUAUUAGCUUCUCUUCAGCCCUCACUUCACUUCACUCUUCAUUGCUAUUCUUGCACCGACAGAAAUAAUCGAACCUCAUAUAGCAUUAUUGAGUUAAUCGUCAUUAAUUCAUAUAGUUGAGGAUUUUGGAUAGAUGGCUGCAUGCCAGCAGCAGAUUUGGCAAGAAGGGAAGCAGCAGCAGCAUCUGCACCACGGUGGCUAUGAUGAUCUUUCUUCAGUGUACAGAGGCACGGUUGUGCUGCCACGGCGGCAGGGCGGCCUGGCGCCGGAGCCGCCGCCGCCGCGGCCGUCAUCGUCGUCGGGGAGGAGCGCGGCGGCUCAGGCGACGGCGAUGACGAUCCACAGCGAGGCUGAGAGGCGGCGGCGGGAGAGGAUUAAUGCUCACCUGGCUACACUGAGGAGGAUACUCCCUGAUGCUAAGCAGAUGGACAAGGCCACCUUGCUAGCCAGCGUGGUGAACCAAGUGAAGCACCUCAAGACGAGAGCCACCGAGGCCACCACGCCGUCGACGGCGGCGACCAUCCCACCGGAGGCCAACGAGGUGACCGUCCAAUGCUACGCCGGCGGCGAGCACACCGCGGCCGCGCGCACCUACGUCCGCGCCACCGUCAGCUGCGACGACCGGCCGGGCCUCCUCGCCGACAUCGCCGCCACGUUCCGCCGCCUCCGGCUGCGGCCGCUGAGCGCCGACAUGAGCUGCCUCGGCGGCCGGACGCGGCACGCCUUCGUGCUCUGCAGGGAGGAGGAGGAGGAGGAGGAUGCUGCGGCGGAGGCUAGGCCUCUCAAGGAGGCCGUGAGGCAGGCGCUGGCCAAGGUGGCGUUGCCGGAGACGGUGUACGGCGGCGGCGGCAGGAGCAAGAGGCAGAGGCUGAUGAUGGAGUCGCGUUACUCGACGGCGGUCGUGCACACGCACGUUGAUCCUCAAUAUUGCUGGUACAAUAGUCGUUAGUGACAGCCUCAGAUAAUACUACGUGAAAGGUCAGCAAGUUUUAUAUUGAGGCCCCUAUAUGGUGGGAAAAUUACACCUUGAGCAACAACUUUGCAAACAAUAACUUUUAAAGAUAUGAAAAGCAAUUGGAUCCUUCACUACACCAGCUCCACAACAAUGACGCCCAGAUCUGCGAGAGUGACGACGGUGAGCUCGAAGAAAUUAUGGUAAACUGCAAGAGAUGAAGCCUUGGAUGCACAAACCCAAAUGGGGCCUCCAUGAGGUGGAGGUUGAGGCAACCAAAGGCAUUAAUGAAGCUUUCAGCUGCACGGCUUUGAUGCCGAUGAGUACGAAGGUCAACGCUGAAGUGAGCCGGAGAAGCAAUGAACGGCCGAUGCAACCUAUUUGAGUUGAAGAGAAAACUUGCAUCCCUCUCAAUUGUAGACGACGGAAACGAUCCACACAAACACCAAACUGGAGACACAUGUCGGAGAAGACGUCAUCGAGGUCCUCCAUGGCUAGAGCAGUGUGGACAAGAGCACCAUUCGCCAGCGGAACUCUUGCUCUUCAUAGAAAAUGAAGAAAAAGAUUGGGACUAGCCCAAGAAAUAGGAGAACCCUGACUGACCCACACCUACUAGCGGAGAAGAGGGGUCCAACCCCUCUCCCUCCCUUCACCGCUGGAGAGCCGUCGGAGACAAGGAGGGAGAUGGAUCGGAGAGGAUGAGUAUUAUCUUCCUUUUUAUUUUUUUUAGGACUAUGCAGCGACGCUACUCCUGUGCUACUUGUUAGCCUUGAAAAAACACCAUGCCUUAAAGAUGAUGUGUGAUAGUUUUAUUUGGCUAUCUAAUUUGUACUACUUCCAUUUCAUAUUAUAAGUCAUUUUGACAUUUUUCCUAAUCA